CUUAUUAACGGGAAGACGUGACCUCUGCAAACAAAGCACGAUCAAUUCUCAAGUACCAGGGAGGGUGCAGCGCAGGGCUCGUCCUCAGAGACAGACACAUCUCCCUCAGCGCUGCAGGACGUUAUAAGCUACAGAGCUCCAUGGAGAAACCCAUGAAACACAGACCCAAGUCUGCUCCUGUUAUAACCAAUGCGUACGUCCAGAACAAAAGAGAGGAUGAGUGCCUGUGUGUGCAACUGGACAGCUUGCACUACCAGCACCACGCAAGUAUAAUCAGACUCAAGCAAGCCAUGAGCGACGUUGUCAGACAUAAGAGGAACCUGCUCACCCAAAGGGCUAUCACACCUCAGUCAUCACUGGACCACAUCAUGGAUGAAAUCCAUACGUACAAAAAGGAUAGGAGCCGCCCCGGCCUUACUAAAAGCAAUCUCCCUGCAAGUACAGAGCUGUAUGUGGAGCAUGACAUGAGUUCAAAAUGGCCGCCUUCUCCAUCCUAUUUGCCCAGUGUUGCUCACAACUCAUUCAACCAAAGGGAAAGCAUGAAAAGGGACGAAGCAGGCGACAGAAGAUUUCCACUCAUGGAUGACGCAAAGGUAAAGUCUACCGAACAUAUUCAAAAACACGAAAGAAAAGUGACAGUGAUGUCACCGGGACAGAGGAGGACCCAAAAGGGCAAGGAUUUUCUGACGUAUAAAGAGCUCAGUCAGAUUGCCUGUCUGGAGAACAUUUCCACAAGGGAGGCUGAGAGGCAACAACAACAGAAACAGAUGCAAAAACAGCAAAUGAAACGAUCGCUGGACACCGCCCUGCAGGAGAAAGUGCACCGAUUCCUCCGGAAGCUGGAAUAGGUGGACGCUGACAAUUCAACACCUGUUAUAUAGUGUACAUGCCAGCAACAAUUAUUAGAUGAAAGGAAAUCAAGAAGUUGGAAAACCACAGAGAAUACAAAAUAGAGCGGGAUAACAGGACAAAAUCAAGGACCACCCCCACUUGCUGCUUGACGUGUCCAUACAACAUUUAGAGCUCCAAAUGUCCUGUAUCGUUUCUUUACCACAGAGGCAGGUAAUGUUGCAUAUAACCUUCAAGGGCAUGCGUAUCAUAGAGACAGCCCCUGCAGCUGCAAUGGGGCCCUUGGAGAGAGGUAAAGAGGACCCACUAGUAAAUAUGGCAGUGGAGAAUUGACCCAGGGGUUGUAGAAAGGGCAUGGUUUGAUUGUGGUAAAAUUCAAUACCACGGUUUAAUCUUUGCUAUAGGUGCCUGUCCCGCUUUUGUGUCACUGAUGCACCCCUUAAAGGGGUUGUGCCACAAAAAAUAUUCUAUAUUUGUAAAACCAGGACAUGGAUCUGAAUACUUUUAUAAUUGCAUGGAAUUUAAAAAAAAUUGUAU